AUCUUGAUUCUUGAACAAAAUUAUUCCAGCUACUGAUUAUAUUUUUAACAUAUUAUUUUUAAUGUUCUGAAAUGAAUUUCAUUUUUAUACAAUGAAAAAUGUAAUUAAGUUCCUCACUUGAUAUUUUUAGUUUAUACAUCCGUAGCCGCGCACAGAGUUUAUUCCAAAAUGGUGGUCGUUUGUUGUGGCUUAUAAAUAAAGAAUUCGGAAAAUAAUGUUUAUGUGUGAUUAGUGACCAAUAGUGUAUACCUUGGACUUCAAAAUGGACGAAAAAGAAGUCCCAGAGGUUCCUGAGGAAAAACAAGACUCAAAAGAAGAAGCUGGUCCCAUUGAGAACACAGAAACUGUUGAAGGUGAAAACAGUGAACCCUGCGAUCAGAGUAAAGGGGAUGAAAAGUCCAAAAGUGCUGAAAAUCUUGAGAGUAGUAAAUAUAUUGAAAUUAGUGAGAAUAAUGAAAGUAGUGAUAAAUCAGAAGUAACUGUUAGUGAGAGUGUUGAACCAGCCACAUCUAGUGAAUUAGAGAAUCAUUUAGAUCAUGAUGAAAAAGAUGACACAGGAAAAGUGGAUGAAUCUACAGCAAACAAUGGUGAGUCCACUGACACAGCCGUUGAAGCGGCAAAUCACAGAGCUGAGGAACAUUUAGAAAGCAAAAUUGAUCCUAAAGAGGAGACUGACCAAGACGGAGAAACUGAACCGGAGAGGCCGUCAGACACACAACUGGUUCCGGAGCCUCUUACAGAAGAAAAAAAAGAAGAAAUAGAAGAUGAAGCAUCUGAAGAAAAGAAGGAAGAUGGAAAUCCCGUGUUUGAAACAGCACCACAUGUGUUGGACGAAUCACAGGAGGAUCAUACUCAGGCCUCAGAUCCAUUUGACGCACUUCUGAAAGAUUUAUCGGAACAGACUGACAAGGAGCCUCAAGAGGCUUCCGCAGCAACAGUGAAUAUUAACGAUGAUGAUGGUGAUGUUCACGAGGAUGAUGAGCCACCACCUGAAGAGGAUGGUGCUGUGGCAGUUGAGGAGCUGGUGGAGGAACCCGGAGCUGAUGAGGAGGUGUGCCUCUUGCCGGACACAGAACGAGAGAUCAGUGAGGCAGACAGGGUAGCUGCCGAGAAAGUGCUGGCCGAAAAACGGAAGAGAGAAGAGGAAUCAGCAGCUGCUGCACCCCCCGAAGUGCCCAAAACUGAAAAUGAAGCUGAAGUUACUGAAACUCCAACAGAGGAGACUCCAAAUGAUGAUGCGGUUGUUUCAGAGACUACUGAAAACUUGAAUGAGGGGACAUCGCAAGAAAAUGGAGGAGACAGAGAAAAUGAGGAAACUACAGAGGUUGAGGACACAGAGCCGAGUACUAUCAGGCAAAUUACACCAUGCGAGGGCAAAUGUUACAAGUGCCAGAUGGAUGUGCAGUGUCAGUACCGCUUCUGUACCAAGGAGGAGGAAACAAAUUAUCUCUGUUCCCUAAACUGCUUGAUUGCAUUCCAAACGGAACAUCCCGGUCAGUAUGUCGUCGUCAGCAAGAAAUACAUGAUCGAAGAAAUACUUCCCAAAAGCUUAACAUGCUCUGAGUGUGAAGAGAAGAAAACCUGCUACUUUUAUUACAAUUAUGAUUCCGUUGAUACAUACUACUGCUCAGAGGAAUGCUUGUUCAGCAUGAUGGCAGAUGAGAAAGCAAAGUAUACAUAUAAGAGGAGGAGAAUCACUGUCGACGAAAGAGAACCAGUCAUGGGUGAAUGUUUUGUGUGCAAUGAAAUCAAGGAUUGCAUAUACGCUCUCAGUAGAUUCGGUGUGCAGUUGAAGAUAUGCGAUCAGCCUUGUUUAAAGAUGUUGAACAUUAAGGAAAACGGAAGAUACUAUCCCAAAAAGAAAAGGCUGUCAAGAAUGCAACCACAGCAAAAGGAGGUGCCAGUCGUAGUACCGAAGCCGACUGUACCUCUUUUAAAAUUAAAAGUAAUAAGCAAUGCGACCGAUAAAUAUUUAGACGAAGCGUAUAAGGUUAAAGCGAAAACACCCGCUAUGGUAAAAAGCGCUCGAGAAGAAAGGGAGCGAACAUUCUUACGUACUUGCGUCGACUGUAAGCUAGUACUAGAUAGCGAAGAUAAACUCAUCACCUGGGAAACAAUGGACUUCUGUAACGAAGUAUGCUUGGGGAGGUAUCAGAACAAGAUCGGUUCCAAGUGUGCCAAUUGCAAGAAUUUAGUUCAACAUACUAGCUUAGGGAAGUACUGCGUGAGAUUUGGUUACGAUAUCCGUCAGUUUUGUAAUUCCGGCUGUCUGGAGGAGUUCAAAAAGGGGUUGAAGAUUUGUUGCUACUGUCAGCGAGAUAUAUCUGUGGGGCCGCAAGGAUUCUUGGCCCCGGUGGGAGAUAAAGGCCAGUUUAAAGACUUCUGCUCCCAACUUUGCAUGGAGAAGUUUGAUCAGAUGAGCAAGAACCCUGUGCCCCAACCUGUUUGGGCCAACUGUGCCGUAUGCUCCUUGGAGAAAGCUACUACUAUCGAAGUAGAGGUGUCCGAAAAUAUUUGUCAGAGAUUGUGUUCGGACCCAUGUUUUGCAGCCUUUAAAUUUGUCAACAACAUUUUACCAGAUCAAUGCAAAUGGUGCAAGAAGUAUUUUGAGAGAACAUUAUCGAAGAAUUUUACAAUAUACGACAACUCAGCUGCCAACUGCUUCUGUUCUAAAUCGUGUAUGAACAUCUACAUUAGCAACACACGACAUAUUGUACCGUGUAACUGGUGUAAAGUGAAGAAGUACAACUUUGAUAUGAUACGAAGGUUGCAAAGUAACGGCCAAGUGAUUUUGAUGUGUUCUCUGAACUGUUUGAAUCUAUAUCAAGUCUCUAUCAAUGCUGUAUCUUCGAGAAGGACCAAAUGUGACAUGUGUAAGAGAAUAGCCCUAGCACAAUAUCACUUGACGAUGUCGGAUGCGACGGUACGCAAUUUCUGCACGUACCAGUGCGUCAUGUCUUUUCAGAGUCAAUACUCGAAGGGUUCGGUGUCGGUCGGCGAGGCGGUUGACCAACCCAAGGCGGUGCCGACAGGUGCACCACGACGCACAUACUCGAAAGCUAAUACAGCGAAAUCCCAGCGCGAAACGCGAACAAGCGGCCUGCCGGUGAUCUCGAGCGUGCAGUCGCUAGCGGCGCCGCCCCCGCUCCAGCCGGCCCCUACACGCAUGAAGUCCAAACGCCACGUGGAGCCCGAGCCGCCGGCCGCGCCCCCUACGCCGCCACCGCCCCCCAAACCCCCCACACCACCCCCGCCCCCUCCCCCCAAGAUCUACAACCACGUCAUCGUCAAAACACUCCCGCCCCGGGAGGUUGCCAACAAAGCGACCAUGUCCAAACCCAUGAUGGUUUCCAAAGGGGUUGCUUGUAGACCUCAUCCCUGUACGAAGGAGUGCCAAACGGAUUCGAGUUUAGAGAGAAAGGUGUUGAUCCCCAUUCCGGUACCCAUCUAUGUCCCCGUACCAUGUGCAAUGUGGUCCAUGCCGUUACCCAUCCCGGUGCCUAUACCUAUACCCGUCCCUACCCCGGUGUUUAUACCCACUACGCGGAACUCUGCGAAGGGUAUCAUGAAGGAGAUUAAUAAGAUCCACGAUAAGAUGCCGACGGAUCCGUUCGAGGCGGAACUGCUGAUGAUGGCUGAGAUGGUCGCUGGAGACAAGAAGAAAGAUCAGAGCGAUUCUGACACCGAUGAUGAUAAUGAAGAGACAUUCAGUCCCGUUGCCGCGAUGGACGGGAACAACGCGUUUGGCGAGGACAUGUUACAAAUGGCUCUCAAAAUGGCCACGGAAUAUGAGGACCAGCCGGUCGACUUGGAGUCAGCUAUGACUGCUAACACUAUUACACCCAGCUCCCACCCUGGUAUGCCAGGUCUGGAAGGCGAGGGCAUGCAUCAACACCACCUCAUGGUGCUAGAACAGCAGCGCGCUGUGGCGGCGCUGCGUGCGAGCUCGGGCGCGGCGGCGGCGGCGGCACGGAAGCGCGCGCCCGCGCCGCCGCCCCGGCCUUCGCGCCAGUCCAAACGGCGUCGCGACCCGCCGCCCCCGCAGCCGGAGCCGCCGCGCGAACCCGCAGAGAAGCCCGACGCUAAUAUGUGCCUCAAGUACACUUUUGGAGUGAACGCAUGGAAACAGUGGGUAAUGACGAAGAAUGCCGAAAUUGAGAAGAGCUCUCUCAGAAGGAAACCUUUCAAGUCGGAAAUACUGCAGCUGACGGCGGACGAGCUUAAUUACUCCCUGUGUUUGUUCGUGAAGGAAGUCAGGAAACCCAAUGGCAGUGAAUACGCACCAGAUACAAUAUAUUACUUAGUUUUAGGUAUUCAGCAAUAUUUGUUCGAAAAUGGUAGGAUAGACAAUAUUUUCACCGAUCCAUAUUACGAGAAGUUUACAGAUUGCUUGGACGAAGUCGCAAGAAAGUUCUCUGUGUUAUAUAAUGACUCACAAUACAUUGUGACUCGCGUGGAGGAAGAACAUCUAUGGGAGAGUAAACAGCUCGGCGCGCACUCGCCACACGUUUUGUUGUCCACCCUCAUGUUUUUCAACACUAAGCAUUUUAAUCUUGUGACUGUAGAGGAGCAUAUGCAGCUAUCGUUUUCGCAUAUAAUGAAACAUUGGAAGAGGAAUCCGAAUCAACCCGGCCAAGCCAAAAUUCCUGGUUCCAGAAAUGUUUUGCUACGCUUCUACCCACCACAAUCGGCCUUAGAAGCAAACUCAAGAAAGAAGAAAGUGUAUGAACAGCAAGAAAACGAGGAGAAUCCAUUGAGAUGUCCAGUGAAGUUGUACGAGUUCUAUAUUUCUAAAUGUCCGGAGUCGGUGCGCACGCGCAACGACGUGUUCUACCUGCAGCCGGAGCGGUCGUGCGUGCCGGACUCGCCCGUGUGGUACUCCACGCAGCCGCUCAGCCGCGCCGCCCUCGCCAAGAUGCUGCACCGCGUCAAGAUGGUCAAGGAGAUUAACAUCGCGCUGCUCACUAGCUAAGACUUGAUCGACAUGGUGGUUGGCCGUUGACUAACUUUGCCCUUUUUCAUCAAAACGAGAAACAUCAUGGCAACGACAGCAGUAUUCGCCAACUGAACGGUUUUCGGUGAAGACAGUUGCAGUGUAUAUUUUUUUAAACUUUGAAUAUCACGUUUAUCAAGGACAGCUUAAUGCAACAUAAAAACAUUUGUUAGUGAUUUUUAUGUAAGGUGACACAAUUUCUAUUGAUUGAAUCUGUUUAUGUACAGAAAUAAUAUAAUCAUAUUCAUUUGAAAUGACAGAUGUAAUUAAUUUAUCUUUUUAAUUUUGUACGCUCGUAUGAAUAAGCUGUGCUUAUGUAUUGGUAUGUCAUUAAAAUUAAUGGAUUCUAAAGUGUACAUACGCGUAGCGAUCAGCAUGUACGAAUGUAAGGUGGACAUUGACUUGGCAUCCCAAUUUGACGUUAUUUUCCUAAACGACCGGAGAAUAUAAUACUUGUAUGUAAUAUUUUAUAUUAAAGGUCUACCAGAAUCUGUGUAAU